AUGGAGCUUUUUCAAAAACCAAGGCAUCUUCAAAGAUAUUUGAUCAUAUUGAACAUGGAAACAACCUUCUCAAAUUUGAAUGGGAAGAUAUGGUUGUUCUUCAACUCUGUGGUUGAAUGGGAGUUGGUUACAGAAACUGCUCAACAAGUGGUUGUAAGGGUGUUCCACCAUGAUAUUAGCCAGCACAUUAUGAUGAACUUUGUGUAUGCAAAAUGCUCCUCUGUGGAGAGACUAGAAUUAUGGGAUAACUUGUAUUGUUUAGCAUGUGACAUGGAAUUACCUUGGUUGGUGGGAGGUGACUUUAAUGUGAUACUACAUGAAGAUGAAAAGAUAGGGGGGCUUCCAGUACAUCCACCUGAAUAUGAGGACUUUGCUUUUUGUGUAAACUCAUGUGGUUUGUUUGAUCAUGAUUAUAAAGGAAACCCAUUUACAUGGUGGAGUGGUAGACCUAAUUCAGAGUGUAUUUUUAAGAGAUUGGACAGGAUUUUUGUCAUUUUACAAUUUCAAAACCUGUUUCCAACAACUGAAGUGGAACACUUAAUCAAGACAGGUUCAGAUCAUGCACCAUUGCUAAUGACUUGUGGGGAACAAACCACAAACUUUGUAAAGCCUUUCAGAUUCUUGAAUUUCUGGACAAAACAUGCUACAUUUAUCGAGUGGGAUACCUUUGGAGGCAUUUUCAAGCAAUUGGAAAUACUGGAAGACAUUGUGAAGUUCAAAGAGAUGUUGUUUGAGGAAGAGCGAACAAUUGAGAAUAGAAUAGUCCUUCAACAAGCUCAUGUAGAAUUGAAAAAAUACUUGAGUAUAGAGGAGCAAUACUGGAAGCAUAAAGCUGGGAUGACGCGGUUUGCAGAGGGUGAUAGGAACACUACUUUCUUCCACAACCAUGUCAAUGGUAAAAGAAAGAAGUUACAACUGAAAAGGAUCCAGAAUGGAGAUGGCAAUUAG